AUGUCUCAGAUUUUCUGCCGACUCUCUAAGAAGCUUUCCUCAGCCCCAAACCGGAGCCUCUGUUUCAGGCGGUCGGAAUUCUCGACGGCGACAACACCUUAUCUGCUCCUCGGCAACGAUGUCGUCGGAGAUUCUCCUUGCGGUGGUAAACUCGUUAACUACAACCUCUACGAUCCGAGGAAGGAAGAGCAAGUGAAGAUCCAAAACCAGAUUCUACCAAAGGAGCUCCAUGAAUCUCGGUGGAUUGGAUCAUCAAGAGGAUGGUUAGCUUCCAUGAACAAGAACUAUUCCACUGUUCGUCUCACAAAGAACCAGAGAACCAUAUCUCUACCACCAUUAACCAGAGACAAAUUCGAGCAUCUUGUCAAUGUCUCUGUCUCCUCUCCAAACGGAGAAAAACAAGAAGAAGACUGUGUGAUUGCUGUCAAGUUUUACGGCUCACGAGUGAGUCUCUGUAGACUCGGUGGCGGUGACUCGGAGUGGACUCGCAUCGACGUGCCUUGCCCAUCUUUCCACUCUUCCACCGUCAUGUUCUCGGAGAGAGACCGGAGAUUCUACUUGAACAACUGCAACCCGGACUACACCGGUCCAACCGAUUUCACACCAAAAUCAAUUUCCGGUUUACUCACUCCGGUUAGUGGCUACAAGAGAUUCGGCUUCUCUAGCUUUCUAGACGAAAUGCCAGAGCUGGAGAGCGAAAUGCGUCUCUCUCGCUUCAAGAUCCAACAGCAACUUGUCGAGUCAUCUUCUGGACAAUCCUUCAUCGUUCUCUGGUUUGUGGAGAGAGUUACAGACAAAGGAGAAGCUGUUCCAUGGGGAGACGCAAGUUACAACAACAAAGAACUUUGCAAGAAGACUCACAAGAUCAUGGUGUUUAGGCAGGACAGAGAGCAAGGGAUUGGUCCUUAUACUGAUGACAUUGGCGAUCUCUGCAUUUUCUUGGGAGACAAUGAAUCCUUUUGUCUCUCUGCUAAGGACUACCCUGGUCUAAACCCUAACUCGGUUUACUUUGGCGGCCAUGGUUCCGGAUUUGGCAUAUGUGAUCUUGCUUCUCGCACCAUCCGUGAUCUCUCCGGCUCUACUCCACCCUCUGGUCGAUUGUUCUGGAUUCCUCCCACAUCCCAGUAG